CGUACCGGUAAGAUACCUCGCACCUGGCACCGCGUACGUGUAUCGGCACAGCUACGAAGAGCAGUCAACAUGCCUGCCGUGCACUACUGUCAAGAAUGCAACAACAUCCUGCACCCGCUGGAAGACAAGUUGAAGAAGAGACUGUUGUUACACUGCCGGAGAUGUGGGUACACCGAGAAUGCUGAGAAUCCGACUAUCUUCCGACAGGAACUGAGGUCCACAGUUGCGGAUACGGCUGGUGUCACGACGGAUUUGGGUAGCGACCCCACUUUGCCACGAUCCGAUCAACAGUGUCCUAAGUGUGGAGAGAAGGAUGCAGUAUUCUUCCAGAGCCAGGCGAAGAGGGCAGAUGCUAAAAUGUCGCUGUACUACGUGUGCGUGAGCUGUGCCAACGUGUUUGAGGACUCAACUCAAGAGGGUUAUGUUGCGCCGAGAUAAAUGUGCGGGUUGGAGAGUGUGCGCAUGGAGAUUGCAAGCUAGAGGUUCCGUGGUUGUCUUUUUUUUUUAUAGCUACAUCGGCGUUUUGGGGUUAUAUUCUGUUCUUUCA